AUGUCGCACAAGGGAAAGAAUAGUGCGGGCUCCUCCAAGGGCAAAAAGCCCACAAAAUCGGGCGCCGAGAGCAAGAGCGAAGAUGUGCUCCAGGCUGUGGUCCUCGCAGACUCCUUCCAAGAUAGAUUUCGUCCAUUCACAGUAGAAAAGCCACGAUGCCUCCUCCCGCUAGCCAACACACCUUUGAUCGAGUAUACGCUCGAGUUCCUUGCCAUGAAUGGCGUUAACGAGGUCUAUAUCUACUGCGGCGCACACACCGACCAAGUCGAAGACCACAUCAACCGCUCCCGAUGGGCGACGACAUCUCGAUCCUCUCCCUUCUCCGUCGUGCAGUUCGUUCGAGUGUCUGAUGCGCGGUCCGUUGGAGAUGUCCUCCGAGACAUGGACAAGCGCUCUUUGGUCGACGGCGACUUUAUUCUGGUGCACGGUGACUUGGUUUCAAACAUCAUCCUGGACGAGGCGCUGGCCGCGCACCGAAAACGGCGAGAGACUAGUGCGGCCAAUAUCAUGACUUUGGUAUUAAGAAGUGGUGGACUUGUUGAACAUCGCACAAAGACGAAUGGAAUUACGCCGGUGUUUGCAAUCGACGCCAAAAACCAAAGAUGUCUUCACUACGAUGAGAUCAGCCCGCUACAAAGCGACCACUACAUCACUCUGGACCCCGCAAUCCCGGAUGAGCUGUCAACGGACUUUGAAGUGCGGGCAGACCUUAUCGAUGCACAAAUCGACAUUUGCACACCCGAGGUGCUGGCCUUAUGGUCAGAGAGUUUCGACUAUGAGCUGCCACGGAAGAACUUCCUGCACGGUGUCUUAAAAGAUUGGGAGCUUAAUGGAAAGAUGAUCUAUGCUGAGGUGCUUGAGGAAGGCUAUGCUGCUCGUGCUAGCAACCUUCAGAUGUACAGCUCGAUCAGCCAGGAUAUUAUCAGCCGCUGGGCCGCGCCUUUCCUCCCUGAAAACAACAUCAUCCCCUCACAAAAAUACACCCGGCAGUCGAAUGGUGCUGUCGUAGACAACAGUGUCACUCUGGCCAGUGACGCCAAACUUGUAAAAUCUGUUGUCGGGCGCUUCACAACCAUCGGAGCCGGAAGCAAGAUCACCAACUGUGUCAUCGGCAAGGACUGUAAGAUCGGGUCCAACAUCACAUUGGAGAACUCUUACCUGUGGAAUCAAGUUACGGUCGAGGAUGGUGCUCAUAUUUCCCAGUCAAUCCUGGCUGACUCCGCCCAUGUAGGCGAGAAGUCCAGGAUAUUCUCCGGAUCCCUCCUCUCAUACGGAGUCCAGGUCGACAAGAACGUCACUCUCCAGGAUGGGGUUGUCGCAUCCAUGGUCACAUCUUCCGGCGCCCCUGCGAUAAAGAAUACCAAGCUCCUCGGGGAUUCCACCAACGCAGGCGUCUUCUACGACUCCGAAGACGACGAAUUGGACGAACAGGACCCCUCGCGACUCCAAAAGUCUCUCCUCUACUCCCUCGCCAACCUCAACAUCUCCACAUCAACAAUCUCCACCCUCGCCUCAGCCGUCGACUCCGACGACGAGGACGACGGCAUCAUCUCCGAAGGUGCCACAUCAACACGCUCCCGCCUCCCCUCCUUCGCCUCUGACGACUCCGCAGGCCGCGCCGGCUUCCACGCCGACGCCGUCCACGGCCUCGUCGACGCCCUCCGAGCCGAGACCGGCGACUUCGACUCCGCCAAGCUC